AUGGCCUCUAUUCGCACUCCUCUCGUGGCCGCCUCGGUCCUCCUUGGUCUUGCCUCGGCCCGCAGCGUCCCUACCAACGUGAAGAGCUUCUACGACGCCGUUGUUGCCCAGGGCAAGUGCAACAACGUGCUCGCUGGUGGCUUCUACAGCGAAGACGGCGACUCUGGCGACUUCGACUACUGUGGUGACCACAUCGAUGACUACAACGUCGUCUACCUCCAGGGCAAGAACGGCGCUCUUGUCAACAUCGAUAUUGACUGUGACGGCAUCCAGGGCAGCUCCGCCGACGACGGCCGGUGCGGAAGCUCCGGUGACACGCAGUCCAUGACCUCGUUCAUGGACACGGUCGCGGGAUACGGCACGGGUCAGAAGGAUCUAGACGCCAACAUCCACCCUUAUGUCGUCUUUGGCAACACCGGCAGCAAGUCCGGCUGGGCCACCUUUGACCCGCAGGAGCACGGCAUCGAGCCAUUGAGUGUCAUGGCCGUCGUGUGCGGUGACAAGCUGAUCUACGGCGUCUGGGGCGAUGAGAACGGCGACGACGGCGAAUUCCCCAUGGUCGGUGAGGCCUCCAUCUCGCUGGCCACGGCUUGCUACGGCACCGAUAUGAACGGCAACAACGGCCACGCCGAGAACGACGUCCUGUUCAUCGCCUUCCCCGGCAGCGACGCCGUGCCCGGAGCCGACGGCGCCACGUGGGACGCCUCGGGCUACGAGACGUUCGAGGAGAGCAUCUCGUCGCUGGGAGACAAGUUGAUUGAGCGUCUCGGCGGGUCGUCCAGCGGUGACGGUAACAGUGGUGGUAAUGGCAGCAGCAGCGAUGACUGCUCGUGGUCUGGCCACUGCGAAGGUGCUACUUGCUCUAGCUAUGAUGACUGCUCUGAUGAUUUAAUCUGCACCAACUCGAAAUGCACUUCCACGUGA